UUCCCCGCCACUGCCUGCGGGGCGGGGCGGUGUGAUGCCACGCUCCUGCCCGCGGUUCCCCGCUGCGGCCUCCGGCUCCGGGCUGCGCGCAGGCCGCGGCCGGCUCGGCGGGGGCUGCGGGGAUCUCGAUGUUUAGGGCCUUGAUGAGCCUUUCCCACAGCCGCGCCAAGCCGCCGGGAAAGGCUUAGCGGGGAAAGCCGCUGGAGAAGAACAACAGGCGCUACCGUCCAUCGGCCCGAUCCGUGGGUAAAGGUUUAACAGGGAUGAAGAUGAAAAUCUCCUCAAGCUGAUGUAUUUGCUACGUUUGGAAGCUGUACAGCCAUCACCAUAUUAGCUGUUCUGCUUGCUGCUACUGAAGAGUCUAGGAUUUUUUGAGUACUCAAAAUGAAUGAACAUCCUAAAAAGAGGAAAAGGAAGACUCUACAUCCUUCUCGAUAUUCAGAUUCUUCGGGUGCAAGCAAAUACAUAGACAACAGUGGCAUUUUUUCUGACCACUGCUAUAGUGUCUGCUCUAUAAAACAGCCAGAUAUAAAGUUCUCUGAAAACAGAGGUAGAUUCCACAGUCCAGCACAGAGUGUGGACACAGACGAUGAUGGGAGUCCCGUGCACGCUGGGACUUCUCAAUGGAGUGGGUCACAUUCAAACGUGGGGUUCCACUAUACAGACCCUAAAAAGAAAGAUAAAGAUAAAGGUACUAGUAAUGGAAUGUGCAGAGACUUAUGUGAUUCACCUAUAUUCAGUGAUAGCCCUACAGACGAAGAGAAACCUCUAGAUAUUCAAACUGUAGAAAUUUCUACAACAGAAGUGAAUGCUGUAGAAGUUCAUGAUAUAGAAACACAGACUGUGUCACCUGAAAAGCUAGAAGCUGAGGACCUAGAGGAAAUCCCUCUGGAAACCUGUAAAAUAUUUGAGAAGAACCAGGCUUUGAAUAUCACAGCUCAACAGAAAUGGCCUUUGCUGAGAGCCAACAGCAGUGGCUUAUACAAAUGUGAGCUCUGUGAGUUUAAUAGUAAGUAUUUCUCUGAUUUAAAGCAGCACAUGAUCCUGAAGCAUAAGACAUGUACAGACACUCACGUCUGUAAAGUUUGUAAAGAAAGCUUCUCCAGUAAAGUGCAGCUCAUUGAACAUGUAAAACUACAUGAGGAGGAUCCGUACAUCUGUAAAUACUGUGAUUACAAAACAGUGAUAUUUGAGAAUCUGAGUCAGCACAUCGCGGACACUCACUUCAGUGACCACCUUUAUUGGUGUGAGCAGUGUGAUAUGCAGUUCUCCUCGAGCAGUGAGUUGUACCUGCACUUCCAGGAGCACAGCUGUGACGAGCAGUAUUUGUGUCAGUUCUGUGAGCAUGAAACAAAUGACCCGGAAGAUCUGCAUAGCCACGUGGUGAACGAACAUGCGUGUCGACUGAUAGAGUUAAGUGACAGCUAUAAUAACAAGGAGCGUGGGCAGUACAGCCUCAUAAACAAAAUCAGUUUUGACAAAUGCAAAAACUUCUUUGUAUGCCAGGUGUGCGGCUUUAGGAGCAGGCUGCAUACCAAUGUCAACAGGCAUGUAGCUAUUGAACACACCAAAAUAUUCCCUCACGUUUGUGAUGACUGUGGGAAGGGCUUUUCAGGUAUGUUGGAAUAUUGCAAGCAUUUAAGCACUCAUUUAUCUGAAGGGAUUUAUUUGUGUCAAUACUGUGAAUAUUCAACAGGACAGAUUGAAGACCUGAAAACUCAUUUGGAUUUCAGGCAUUCAGCAGAUUUGCCCCAUAAAUGUACUGAUUGUUUAAUGAGGUUUGGAAAUGAAAAAGAUCUUUUAAGUCAUCUUCAGAUACAUGAGACAGUGUGAUUGCUUUCUUUCCCUGUAAUCAGUUUUUUAGAACUGGGAUUAAUUCCCAGUCACCCAAAUGUUAUAUUAAAUACAAUUUUAACAGCAGUUCUAAUGUUUUCAUCUUUGUAUCAGCAAAGCAUGUAGAACAGCUUGGUGUUGUGAAUUUCUUUACCUAGGGGUUUCAGUAGGGUUAAUCACAUUUACAGUGUGACGGAUCACAUUCUGGGGGGGGGGGGGCAGUGGGAGUAGUUGCAUGUUGUGAUAGCAGUUCUGAUGGUCAUCCCGUGCUUUCGCAUCUAACGUAGAAGAUCAGCUCUCCCAAGUUUAGAAAGGCACAAAGAGAAAGGCAACAUCCAAUUCCAUGCUUAAGUAACGCCAUACUGAUCUCGACCGCAUAACCCACUCAUGUUACCCUCUGCAGCAGCAGGUCAUCAUGCUGACAUUCAGCAAAUUGUACCAGCAUGCCAAAGAUAAGGGUGUUCCAAACAUUCCCAGGCCUGGACAUCUCCGAGCUCACAUACAAGCCUGCAUUUCCCACCACAUACUCUUGAUACGCUUUUAAAAUUGCCCUGUUUUUCUCCUGUGGUACCUAUCCGAUAUCAUCAUUCACUUUGGUGUUUAAUUUCAACUACUGUCAGUGGGACUAUCCAACAACCUUCUCUUCCACACAUUUGCUACAGACCUCCCAUCCGCAUGAUUUUUGUCUCCUUUAUUUACCUUCAGUUCCCAUCUUUUAAUGCACCAAGGAGGCAGACAUUGCUUUUGUGUAGGUUUGGUUAUAUUUUAAGGAGUAAUUGCAAGGGAAUUUGCAAAGUGGUGCAGCUGAGUAUGUACAAAGUGUGAUUUUCUUAUCUAAAAUCCUAAUUUGGCUCUCACAGUGAAAGGAUGUAUGUCACCAAACGCAUGUAGAGCAAGUUUCUAUUAGUCUGUAUCAUUAUAAUUCUGUAUAAUUAACUUGCCACUGCUGGUAAUUUGAGGACCAUUAUUUUAAUUCUGCAGGUUCUAAACUUCUCUUAUAUAUUGGCUUAAAACACUAGUACAGUACUUACUAACUUUUAUCACUUUCAAAUGUUUUCGCACAUCUGUUCAGAUUAGAUAGUGCUGUCCUGCCAUUAUAAUCGUUAGAAGCAAAUCUUUACAAUUCCUUCUGUAGCUGUAUUUCUGAGUGGAUGCUUGGACAGAUAAAAGCAAGGGUGAGGUCAUUUGAUUGUGCUAGUUACCAGGGUGAAAUUACUCAUAAAUUAGUGGUGGAGUUUACAUUUCUUCCUGCAUUGAUUGUAAAUUUGUAAUGUAAGAUUGUCUAAUGUAAGCUUUGUAUAGAUUUAAUGAAUGUAUAAAACAUUUCUUGUUCAGUAAGAUUUGGUGUUAUCAGCUUCAAGGCGUGCAAGGUUGUGUUUGAAUUUUAAAGGUAAGGAUAAAAAUCGGCUGAAUCUAGUCAGUUUAUGGAAGUUCUGAUUUUUAGAGAAGUAUUUCUGGAAAGUCUAUAAUGAACUAGUUAGUGCGUAUUUCUUUGCGGGAGGCAAGACCAUUUUUAUCACUUUGAAAUGCUGAUUUACUACUAAAUCUUCUGUGUAGUUGUUGCAAAGGGCAACCUGAUGGCGUCCCGACUGUAUUUUGUUAGUCUGUUGUACAAAGAAUUACAAUGUCUGCGGUAGAAUUGCUAAUUUCCUAUUUUGAACACAUCCUGGCUGGCUUAAAAUGGUAGCAAUAAUAUAGUUAACAAAGCACUAGUAAGAAUUAUUUUUUAUAUGGAAAGUUAAUUUUGUUCAUAUGGGUGUAAUUGGGGGAGGUUCUCUUAAAACCCUGCCCUUAGUGGUGACACACAGGUGGAAUCAUAGAAUCAUAGAAUGGUUAGGGUUGGAAAGGACCUUAAGAUUGUCUAGUUCCAACCCCCAAUGGCACAGUUGAGCUCUGGAGAGAAAGCUGCUCCAGGGGACAGUAAUGGGGGGGAGGGGGGUGGUGAUGGAAAAAAGACAUUAAAAAAAAAACCAAAAAGAGAAGUGAGCACAUGUGUUUGCAUAGACCAGCAUUGUGUCCCAUACAGGAAAGGUGGUCUCUAGUAAAAGCAGAGCGCCCCGUGAUACAGAAAAGUUGUUGCUGACUCCUGAAUAACUUCAUGUCUAUAUUUGAGUUGUGUUAUUUCUAAUCUCUAAACGGGGAAUGAUGGAACAUCCUGUAGGAAUGAAGCCAAGUAAUUCCUAAUUAAAGUGUACCUCACGGUGGCAAAUUAGGAAAUAUAUUCAAGUUUGUCUUAGGUUGGAUUUUAUAAAUAAGGGACUAAUGUCAGUAUUUUCUUUUUAACACCUACCAGAAAGUAAAUGGAAAGGUACAGGAGUAGCUUGUCUCAUUUUACCUCAGUAGGAAACCAAGUAGGAUAUCUGCUUCCACGAGAUCAGCGUGCUAAAACAAGAAAGAUAUUAAGUAAUAGAAAAAAUAGGUAAUGAGCGGAGUCUGUCUAGCAGUUGGAAGGUCGAAAGGAAUGACGGUACAUGCCAGAAGCAGUAUGUUGUUCCCAUUGAAGGGAAGACAGGAGUUUGGCUUAUUUACGUGAUGCGCGUCAGUGGAAGGUCGGUGCUCUGACAUUGCUGCACCGACGUGAACUGAGAGCACGUGAGAGCAGCUGGUCUGAUACUGCUGGAGACUUGUUUUUAACCCUGUAGGUCGAGCAAUUCAUCACAGUCUUGGAUGAGAGAAGUUAACUGUACUAGUUAGUAAAAUAUGCCAGUAUUAUUUUUUUUCUCUGGGACACUCAGUGUACCAAAUUCAGUUGUUCGUUACAUUGAUGCCCACAAGGUUCAUCUACUCCAGGAACAACAUUCUAACUAAUAGCUAUAUGAAAUCACAAGAGUGGUUUUGAAAGUAUUUUGUAUUUGGAAGUAAUUUGUAUUUGAUUCUUUGGUUUUUUUCAGACUUUGGACCCUUUAGGUUAGGGGUGUGUCAUGUAUUUUGGCUUCCCAGAACCUGUUUAUGAACAAAAGCACUUUUUUAUAUGAAAGAUUGCUUACUUUAAAACACAAUUUAAAUCUCACCAGUUAUUGUAAAUAUUUGAAAUACAGCAAGCUAGUAAUUCUCAAGUAAUGUGUUCUUUAUAAUGCUUAUUGUGUUGGUGAUUGUCAUUGUGGUUGUUCUCAUUCUCUUAUGCUCUUGUAUCGCAUGUAUAAAUUAUUGGUGCUUUUUAACUCUCGAAACUACUUAGUGUUUGUCAUUUUAGCUGACUUUGAUUAAACCGUGGUGCUGACACAACGCA